UUCGCAAUGGCUGCAGCUAUUUGUUACGGGUUGAGCAAAUACCUUUCCACAUCCAAUGAUACAUUGUUGUUCUGCAAGCUAAUUUUGAUUGCCAUUUGUUCAUCCUAGCUCUGGUAUAUGCGACUAUCUUCGGAAAUAUCACUACAAUCGUUCAACAACUCUACGCAACGAGAACCAGGUAUAACGAAAUGAUGAAGGGAGUUAAAGACUUUCUUCGCAUUCACGAUGUUCCGGCGGAGCUCGGAGAGAGAGUGAUUGACUACAUUACUUCCUCUUGGUCAGUGAACAAAGGAAUAGAUACGGCAAAAGUGCUGAACUACUGUCCAAAGGACAUGCAAGCAGAUAUAUCAGUUCAUUUGAACCGAUGCGUUUUCAAUAUUCAUCCCGCAUUCAGACUGGCCAGUGACGGGUGCAGACGAUCCUUAGCAGUCCACUUCCAGACGCUGCAUAUUGCUCCUGGAGACUUAAUUUUUCACCAGGGCGAAAGUGUGGACCAGUUGUGUUUCGUCGCGUCAGGCUCACUUGAAGUUCUACAGGACGACGAAGUGGUGGCAUUGCUCGGCAGAGGAGACGUUUUUGGUAAUCCAUCAUGGCGAACUACGAAUUCCGUCCCUUCGGCAGCCAGCGUUCGUGCCUUGACCUAUUGUACGCUACACACCAUACGACUGGAGCGGCUUCGAGCUGUGUUACAGUUCUAUCACGCGUUCUCCAACAGCUUCGCACGCAAUUUGGAGCUGAACUAUAACCUAUGCAACAGGGUAGUAUUUAGAAAACUGGCAGAUGUGAAAAGAGAAUUGGAACUGUCGAUGCGCAACACAAAGGAACCACCGCUCAGUACACUACCAGCGGAACAUCCCGUGCGCAAGCUGAUUUCACGACUACGUCGUUCAAGCCAGAUGGAUCAGUCAGCAAGACGCGAAUUGGGCACCAUUGUCUCCGGUGACUCCUCGGUAGUCGGAUCCGAUUUGGACAGUAUGUCAGGGAGCAUUCAACUGGAGGCGCGCAAAACCAGUAGUUUGUCUGACCCGCGGCCAGGUGCAAUGGGGAAGUCGACCGAAUCCGAAAUGCAUAUGCAGCAGCAGUCUGUGACCAUGCUUGGAACCCACAAUCCCAGCAACGCAGUGAACAACAACGAUACAGUGAACAUCAUCACUUCAUCCUCCACUCAAAUUACCCCCAAUACCGUGACAGUUCAUCCAAAUCCCGCAAACAAGUGGGCGCGUUUGCUUUCAAAGGCAGCCCAACCACGAAUUUCAGCAACACCCGAAGAGCCACCGAAGGAAAGUAAGGAGGAUCCUAACAAAGAUGCAUGCUUCACCAGGGAAUCCGUGGAAACAGAAAGCAUCCCUCGUAGUGCGAUCCCUGAGGUCGUGAACAAAGAAGUCUCAAUAGUCGCACAAGCCAUACCCGGUGGAGCAGACACAACUGUCUCUUUAAUGGAUUUUGGUAUUACUUUAAAGGAAGAAUUGGCCACUAUGCGGAUGGAACUGAAGAAAGGUCUGACGGAGGUUAUCAAACGCAUUGAUCACUUAGAGACUCAAGUGGAGGAAAUCGGGCAGCAAAUAAUCGGCAAAAAGAUUUGAUCAACUCGGAACUAUCCGCUGCAUUUCACAAGGGAUUCCAGACCCUAUCAAUAUUUCCUUACCUAAUGAAACUGUGUGUACAGCUAUGUAAUACGUUUUAAAAUGAGAACGGUACCGGGGUCUUCAGAAAGCAGGCUUACGCUAAACGUCAGUGGCAUUCGGCACCGGAUGAAGUGGGAUGCCAGCAAUAAAUUAUGCUCAAAUUAGUCCAAAAUACCGACGGAAAAAAGCAAACCACUUGAAUUAUCUCGUCGGAGACCUUUUACAGCUUCAUCUUGCACCUAACUGGAUGGGUCACUGUGUUUGACAGCUCACUGCUGUUACAUUCGCCUCGUCAUAACUAGUUUGAAAUCCCAUAAAACUCAAAUAGCGGAAACGAAUUUGGAGUUUGCUACUCUCGACCUACAAAACACGAAAUAUGUAUUCCGCAAUCAAGUUCAAAUGUUUGCAGGGACGUCUUAGAUCAAAU